AUUUUUGGCGUUUUUGGUCUUCUCUCCCCUCUUUUCAUUUCAGAAGAUUAUUUUUUGGAGUUAUGAGUGGCCACAAAGCUAAAUGACAGAGGGAGUAACCGUGCUGCCAGAGCAGGAAGGCUUGGGGAGGAGUGAGGACAGCUAAGAGAAUCUCCCAGUGAGGGACAUGCCUGGCUGGCCUACUGGUUGCAGACAGAAAGUGAGAGACACAUGUAUCUAGAACAGCAGCCUAGUCCAUCUCAGUGCAGUGCAGCAGACCCCAGCCACCCAAAAGACACCUGCUCACAAACCAGACGGCAAGGUCAAGAGGACCAGCACAGUAAGAUGUGGAAGAGAAUUGACCAUCAGCCCAAGAUCAAAGCAGUGGCUGGGCCUCAGGCCGGCCAGUUCAAAGAACUGGGUGCAGCGAGGGAACCUGCCAUGCCACACCCUCUGGAGCUGUCAGAAUUCCAGAGCUUCCCUGUGUUUGAGGACAUUAGCCAUCACAUCAAAGAGAUGGGGGCCCAACUGGUAAAGAAAGUCAAUGCCAUCUUUCAGCUGGACAUCACCAAAGAUGGGAAGACCAUUCUGCAGUGGACCAUUGAUCUGAAGAAUGGUUCUGGGGACAUGUAUCCAGGAUCUGCCAGGCUCCCAGCUGACACUGUCUUCACAAUCCCGGAACCUGUCUUUAUGGAGUUGGUUUUGGGCAAAAUGAACCCUCAGAAAGCUUUCCUUGCUGGCAAGUUCAAAGUGAGUGGCAAAGUUCUGCUUGGCCAGAAGCUCGAGAGAGUUUUCAAAGACUGGGCUAAAUUUUAAGCAUGUAAAAUACCAAAGAAAUGAUCAGAACUUCUCUCCGGUUAUAAUGUUGAGCGGAAAUCAUGCUUAAACUGAAGAUUAAAACAAAAAAUAUCCAAUAUUUUUACUCAAAUUCUUCCCGUUCAAGUUUGAUUAAUUUUCCUGCUGAUGCAUUAAUUUUCAGUGAGGGUUUUAGAGCAGUAAAGAGUGUUGGAGUGUCUCA